AUGGCGACAUCUAAGCGAUCAAGACCUCGCCGAUCCCAUGCGCUGGGAGGAUGCAGCACCUGCAGACGCCGGCAUGUGAAAUGCGAUCAGAAACGGCCCGUGUGUCGCACCUGUCGGGCCCUAGACGUGAAAUGCGAGGGAUAUUCCGAUCAGGUCUUGUGGAUGCGUACUGAUAACGGCGAGGAGACUGAGAGUGCUCGUGGGACUCGCCGGUAUCUUUAUUCGGAGCAAUCCAGACUUUCUAUGAGCACUGCGCUUGGGUCUGAUCUCGUAUCCGGAUCUAUUGAUGCAUCACUGGCAGAGGUGGACUCGAGACUGCGAGACCCUGAACGUUCGCUCGACGGUGACAUUGUCAUUGGACCAUUUGCGGUUCUCGAUUUCUCUUCAGCGCCACGGAAGCUAGAGCAGGAAUUGGUGCACGAACUUGAGCCUGUCGCGUUUGAUAUAAGUCCUGCAGUUGACCCGCCUGAGACUGUGGCUCCUGAGAAUCUGCAAGAGUCUAAUCCCUCUCCAAUACUUGAUUCACUGUCUCAGAUCGAUGACUUCCUCCAUUGGUCUGAUCUAUUGAGCUUUGGUCUAGACCAGACGGAGAUUACAACAAACGGCGCCUUGAGUAUGCCGAAUGAUUUAUCUUUCGAUAUGAGUCAAGAGAUGGGGUUGCUACCUGUCGACUCAAAUCACAACGAUGAUCUACUGCACACUUUCACAACACAACAGGCACCAGCAGAGCUUAUUUCGGCUGAUGUAGAUGCAUUGCAGGAGGCCCCGUCCCUGCUUAAGCAUUUUCAGGAUAUUGUGAUCCCACACAUAAUGGCCAUUCCCUGUCGACAGAAAUCGCCUUGGAAGAUUUUGAACGUGCCGGCGGCGGUGGUAACAUACAGUGAUUCGACUUUUCUUGGGACAGAAAAGGUCAGUCAGGCCAAACUUGCAAAUCUGUACGGCUUGCUCGCCUGCUCUGCUAUUCAUCUUGUUCUCAACCCUUCAACAAUAUCGACAAAGCCGCCUGAGUAUUGGUGGAAGGUUGCCAACCAGGCAUACCUGCAAGCUAAGGAUCAUAUGCAGACGUCUUUGCAGUCAGAAACACAGGGUUUAAAGAAAGCAAAAUAUAAAGACCAGCUGAUGGCUGCGUGCAUUCUCAUACAGUACACGAUCAUGUCCGGUCAACAACAACACGCCCGAUGUUUUAUGAUUGAUGCAGAGCGAUUAUUACGGCUUCGAGGUCUUUCAAAAACCCGAAUAUCGAAAAAGGCGCGACUUUUGCACCACGUCUACACCUGGCUAAGAAUCGUCGGCGAGAGCACAUUUGUUCUACAUGACUACAACCUCUCUGCCUCCUCUCUUGAAGCACUCGGUUCUCGAUUUCGAUUACAACACACACCGAACUCAGAACAGAUGGCGAACGCUGAGCCAAACCCUCGGCUGGAUGAUUUCCUCCGCCUCGAAACACAAAACUCGGAUAGUGAUCUCAAUAUCGAUGAACCCAAGGACAAAACUUCAGGACUCCACGACAUCCAUCUUCAGGACUCGAGAAGUUAUCCUGAAACAUUAUACAAGCAGAUUUAUGGCAUCCCAGAAACCUGGCUUGGCCUUGUCUCGCAAACCACAAGACUAGCCAACGUUUUAGAGACAUUCCGUAUUGCCCGUGAGGCGGGUCAGACCAUGGGCCUUGAAGCGUGGGAAACACUACAGCGACGUAGCACUCGCCUGGAAAAUAUGAUCUGCUCUUUCAGCCUGGGUCGAACAAGAGCCGGAGUCCUGGAGCUCCAUGCCGACUCAAAACCGCACGGUCAUAUGGUGGAGGCCUUGAAUGCAGCUCUAGUAAUUUUCUUUUACAGGCGAAUCCGAAAGACCCACCCCGCCGCUCUGCAGGGUCAUGUUGAUAGUGUUAUUGCAGCGCUUCAGGCAUGCAGUGCAACACUGACCCAAGAUGAUCCCACCGGACCUGGAACAGCGUGGCCGUUGUUUAUUGCAGGAUGUGAGGCAAUGUCAACCGCAAGACGAGAGGCUGUUAUGAGCAUGUUGGAUAAGGCGAGCUCAAUAUGCGGGUUUGCUGCUUUUGGAACGGCCAGAAAUAUUAUCACUGAAGUGUGGCGCAAGCAGGAUGAGCAUUUGACUGCGAACCGGGGUGAAGCGAUGCCAUCAUGGGUUGACGUUGUGAAGCAAGGACAGAUAUGGCCCUUGUUUUGUUAA